CUCAACAGGUACGAGCACACUCGUGUGUACACAACUUCCUGUUCUACCGACAAUCGACCCUAGGAUGAUCGGGAACCUGUCGUGCUGCUGAAAGGCAGUUAUGGCGAUUACGGCGAUUCAACGAUAUGUCAGAAGCAUCGUCGUCAAUCAUGCCGCAGAGGCGCCCACCUCAAGACGGUGCCUACGUGCUUCGCCGCCUCGUUUCCGACUUACCUCUCUCUGCUGAUGGCCAGUCGACAGACGUAAACAUUACCUGUGUGGAAGUAUGGAAUAACAACCUCUACGUUGGUACCUCUGCCGCUGAGAUCCUCCACUUCGUACUGUUACCACCCGAACCCAAUGCUUCCUCGAACGAGCCCACCGCCAUUAUAGCCUCUAGGCUCGAACCUCCAUACUCCAAUAAUAUCGGUGUCGGCGUUCAACAGAUCCUCUUACUACCAAAAGUCAAUAAGGCUUGUAUCCUCUGCAACAACACUCUGACCUUCUAUUCUCUGCCCGAACUUAGCCCCGAUUCAAGCACCAAGCCAUUGACUUGUACAUGGGUCGGUGGGACCGAUCUGAAUAUUGAGGAUGAAGCUGGCGGCGAAGGUGUGGUGGUGAUGCUGGGUCUUAAAAGCAGGAUUCGCUUGAUCAGGGUGUCCGAGCAUGCACAACCUAGAAGCCUUAAAACUAUUGAAUACGGGGGCUGUCUGAUUUCUGUCCGUCGCGAUGCCUUCUCCUGCGCAGCCGACUCGCAUUCUUAUGCCCUCCUGGAUGUUGAGCACCAACAGAAGAUUGGCCUGUUCCCGAUAUCAUCUUUGGAUCCCGAAGCUGGUCACGUUGGCGGAGCAGCUGAGGAUAUAACUACCACUGCUCAUGCCCCAUCGCGGAGCACUUCUUCAGCGAGUGUGCAUCCGCGCGGACCCGGUCCUGAAGAGCACCGGGGACAUGGACGUAGCUCUAGUCUGGGAAUCUUUGGAAACACAGGUCCCGUUUCUCGAACCGAGAGCCCAAGACCGUCUCGACAACGUUAUGGGUUUGAUGUGCCAGAAUCAUUAUCUAGGACGAUUUCGCCUGCUCCUGGAACUCCUGGGCGAUCUCCCGAAAGACUUGGCCGUCCAUCAAGUACAACCAGGCGAACCAGUCCCUCGCCGGAGAAGCCGCUUCCCCCGCCGCCAGUGUCUCAGGAGAGCACCGAGCCGCAAGUGCAAGUCCAGGUACAAGAAUUUGUUCCUCUCAAGCCGCACGUUGCAUCGCCGUGUCCGACAGAGUUCUUACUUACUGUGGGUACCACGCCGGCGGAACCGGGAGUCGGCAUGUUUGUCAACUUAGACGGUGACAUGUGUAGAGGAAGCAUUCAAUUUGCGAGUUACCCCGAUGCCAUCGUUGUAGAUGGUUCCGGGAUUGAUUUAUCCGCCUCGAUAAGUCCUGACUUUGAUGCCGAAGAAGGGUACGUUCUGGCUGCAGUACGCAACCUUUCGAAUGAUAACACCGAGUACGGUAUCGAGAUUCAACGCUGGGACGUAGAUCCUGGCGAAGGCGAGGCAUCGAAGGAGUGGCUCGAUCUGACCCCUCUUGGAGAAGCUCUGUCGCAGGAGGGUGGACAACGUGCCAAGGCACCACUGGGUCUCCGGACGGUCGUAGAAAAAAGCGACCUGAUCUUCUCGGAAAUUGGCGAGAAGCUUACAGUUAAACGUCUGAAAAUUUCAUCAGAUGCGCAAGAAGGCCGAGACACUACAGACCAUCACCCUCAAGCCAAGCUGGAGAAGGAAGACCUCGAAUUCGCGGAACGACUAUCUAAACUACAAACCCGUACAAUCCUAUGGACCGGUGAUCAAAUAAGCUGGGUUGUGCGCAAUCCACUCGUUACUCGCCUUGAUGCCCGUCUAGAAUAUGCUCAGACUACACCGACUGGGGACGGAGAACGGAUCCAACCAACUCGCAGCACCAUUGAGCAAGUUCUAGGUGAUGUUCGCGACCAAGAGCCUCGUAAUGAGUCCGAGUACCUUGGUCUUAUAUACAUUCGGCAGAAAGCAUCUCUGCUUCUUUUCAUGGACCUUAUACUCCGCAGUAACACUAAUAUCAUCAUCUUCGAGAGCGAGAAGCGCAUUACCGAACAAGCGCUGAUAGAGGGAGAAAUCGAUCCCCGAGUAGUUCUUUCUCUCUUGCCCAUUCUGAAUCAGGAAGUUGUGCAAGGGCCAGAAGGCAUACAGAUCUCUGGUGGAAUCACAUCACUAGUUGAGGAAUUCUCGCAGCAAAAUGAAAUAGCUGCAAUGCCUGCAUCCGUCAAUGGGCCAUUUGGCGAUAAUUUGCUUCGACUCGUUAAAACGUACUUGCAGUUCUGGAGAAGACGUAAGGGUAUGGCAAGUGUCACUAACGACCCAUACGUCUUCCAAACGAUCGACGCUGCCUAUCUUCACAUUUUGCUGUUGCUUGAUCAGAACAGUUCGAAGGGGCCUGCAGCCAGUGGGUCUGGUUCCGUCCGGGACGAGCUCAACAAAUUCGUUGACGGCGAAGUCGAAUGCUUUGAUCGAGCAGUAACCCUGCUUGAGAAGUUCAAACGAUUAUACGUGCUUAGUCGUUUCUACCAAUGCAACAGUAAGUCAUCAGCGAAAGCUUCCAAUGUUCUGUCGGUAUGGCAGCGCAUUCUCGAAGGCGAGGCCGACGAGGGAGGUGAGUUCGUCAAUGGCGAAGUCAGGGUACGAGAAUAUCUCUCCAAAAUUCGAGAUCAAUCUCUUGUCGAGGAAUACGGUUCGUGGCUGGCGAACCGCAACCCUAAGUUGGGCGUGCAAGUCUUUGCAGACGAUUCAAGUAGAGUGAAGUUUGAUCCGGCACGCGCGGUUCCUCUUCUCCGCGAAAAGGCGCCAGGUGCUGUCAAAGAGUACCUAGAGUAUCUCGUCUUUGGCCAAAAGCACACUCAAUACGUCAACGAACUCAUCUCAUUCUACCUGGACAUCGUCAUCGACGAGCUCGAAAGCUCAUCCGAGUCGCGUGACAUUCUCCUUCAAACCUACGAAACCUACCGAAUCCUUCAACCUCCCAAGCCCACUUAUCGACAAUUUAUCACCGACAACGCACUCGGCACAGAAUGGUGGAACUCUCGACUCCGCCUCCUCCAACUCCUGGGCAGCAACCAGCCCGCCACCUCCUCCUACGACGUCCCCUUAAUCCUCUCUCGACUCGAGCCGUACAGUAAGGAACUCGUCCCAGAAAUGAUCAUCCUGAGCGGCAGACAAGGCCGCCACCAAGAAGCCAUUCGUCUGCUGACCCACGGCCUCGGCGACUACGACACCGCCAUCUCCUACUGCCUCCUCGGCGGAUCAAGCAUCUACCGUCCCGAAGGCUCAGGCUACAUCCCCGCGAACGAGAUCCCCAGCCGCGAGGAGCAAGCCGUCUUGCUCCACCACCUCCUACAGGAAACCCUGCGUCUCGACGAUCUCGCACAGCGCGUCGCGAGGACGGGCGAAUUGCUCGAGCGGUUCGGCGGCUGGUUCGACGUGAUAGAGGUGCUUGAGAUCAUCCCGAAUGAAUGGAGCGUGGAUGUGUUGGGUGCUUUCCUGAUUAGUAGUCUUAGGUUGCUGGUUAAAGAGCGUGCGGAGACGGGCAUAGCGAAGGCGUUGAACGGCGCGAGGAAUCUGCAAAUAAGCGUCGAUCUCGCGGAUAAGAUAGAAGAGGCGGGGCCGACUAUUGAGCGUGUCGAAUAGAUCUAUAUAUGAUAACAUUUGUUGAUAUGAAGGAUGC